AUUUCAAGCACCGCAGUUUCGCCUCUGUCACCUGAUUGUGUUCCGUGAUCGGUAGAAGGAGAAAAAUGUAUGUACAAGAUGUACAACAGUGUAUAAGGUGGUAGGUGGCAGGUGGGGUAUGGUGGUACUCGAAUUCCAUCUGUCGAGUCGAGGUGAUCUUAAUACAGUGAGCACACUGUCGAGUAAGAACUGGUAGGCACUCGCUCAGUAAUGCAACUGUCGUUACGGGUGUUGGUCGACACGUAUGAAGUGAUAUAACAACAGGACGACACGCUGCAGUUCUUUGGAGACUCUUGUUCUCAGUUAAUGCAGUCAUGAACGAUCGCCGAAACAGUCGGGAAGUGGUUACGGUGUUGUUUCUCUGUCUGAUUUGGUACGUGAUCUCGAGCAGCAGCAAUGUGGUGGGCAAAAUGUUGCUUUCGGAAUUUCCCUAUCCGUUGACAGUGACAAUGGUACAGCUAACCUCGAUCACUGUCUACUCCGGCCCGUUCUUCAACAUGUGGGGCGUGCGGAAGUAUUCGACCGAGAUUCCUUGGGGUUAUUAUCUGCGGUUGAUCGUGCCUCUUGCAUUGGGAAAAUUCUUGGCGAACGUUUUCAGCCACGUCAGCAUCUGGAAAGUCCCUGUUUCAUAUGUCCAUACUGUGAAGGCUACAAUGCCCUUCUUCACGGUAUUCCUGUCAAGAAUAAUCCUAAAAGAGAAGCAGACAUGGAAGGUGUACCUUAGUUUGGUUCCAAUCGUAAUUGGAGUGGGUGUUGCUACUUUGACAGAGCUCAGUUUCAACAUGAUAGGUCUCCUGAGUGCCUUAGCAUCUACAAUGGCAUUCUCUUUGCAAAAUAUUUAUUCCAAGAAGGUGUUGCAGGACACAGGAAUACAUCAUCUGAGACUUCUAUUCAUUUUGGGACGCUUAGCGCUUAUCCUUUUUUUGCCCAUAUGGUUGAUAUACGAUCUAAGACAGCUAAUAUACGAUCCUGUUGCUCACGGAUUGGCGGAUCUAAGUUAUUAUAUAUUAGGCCUGUUAUUCCUAGAUGGUGUGCUGAAUUGGUUUCAGAACAUCAUCGCGUUUUCUGUGAUUUCUAUCGUUACUCCUUUAACGUACGCGGUAGCUAGCGCGAGCAAGCGUAUAUUCGUGAUCGCAGUGACUUUACUCGUGCUAGGCAACCCGGUAACGUCAAUAAAUAUAUUGGGUAUGACGCUGGCGAUCUUUGGGGUGCUAUGUUAUAACAAAGCGAAGUACGAUCAGCGGUUGGAGAAGGUAAGCGAGACGCUUCUUCCAAAGUAUUACGAAGAUAAUCGUAACGGCACUAGUAGUUCCUUUACGGUAAACGGAUGGGUUGGCACGAAGCAACAAUCGUUUUCUGUCUAGUCUGAAUAAAUAGAUCACUUUUUCUCCGACAAGCUCGCGCGAGCUUUCUCUGCCUGGAGAUGGUGUUUCGAGCAUGACGACUUUUAAUCGGUUAUUUAUUUUUCUCAACGGCACAGAGAAGCCGUGGAGUAACGCUUCUUUGUAUAGAACAUCGCGAUACGUUAGGUGGGAUGUACAAAUGAAAACUCGUACGGUAACAAAUGUAUAUGUGGAUAUGUACAUAUGUAUAUUUGCAUUCAUACACAUGCAGGGUGUCUCGGCCGAAUGAGAUUAUUUAGUGUCUAGAUUUUAGACAACUGCUUUAUUUAUUGUUUCACAAAACAUUUUCUCGUUGCAGUUAUACUAUAUCUUUGUAUAAUGAUAGGAAUAAUUUUCUUUGAAGUCGUAAUAUAACCAGGAUCUUAAGAAAAAAUUAUAUUUGCCAAUAACGAGUAAAAGAAACACCCUAUAUAUAUACAUACACACGUAUUUUAUGAAUAUUAAUGAUGUUGCACAAAGGUGUAAUUUGCCUAUUAAUCUGUUUUCGUUUUGUAUUUUUUAGCAUUACAUUGAUAAUGUUCUUGAUUUUGAUGAGAACAGACCUGCUGGCAAGGUUUUAAUUUGAGAUUUCUUUAAUUCGAGAUUGUUAAUGUUCAUAGCUAAUUGCUGGGUCGAUUAGCGUCGAAGUCUCUCAGUUACUGGAUCCGAUAAUAUUCCUAUCGGCCCGAUGACCGGUGAAUCGGAGCGAGUCGGUUUCAGCGAUUGAAUUUAUUUAAACACGAUACCGAGAGAAAGAGAGGGAGAGAGAGAGAGAGAAAGAUAGCAGCGGUAUUCGUAUAGCAUCGUUCACGUAUCACAUUUUUCUUUCAUAGCUAGUUAGCUGACUGCGAUAAACAUGAGUACGGUAUGCGAUAAGACAUUGACUUUCUUCUGGUGAUUAUAAUUAAGUAUAAUAUGACUGGCUAUUAAUUUUCAAAACGAGAGAAAAAACAGCUAUUCACAAUAUCCUCUAGUUUACACCAUUUAACAGAUAUAGUCGAAUAGUUUUGAUGAAAGGUUGAAACGAUUCAGCUGUGUCGCGUGCGUGGACUUGUGUGCAGGAGAAAAUGUUCUAGCUAAAAGCAAUCUAUACAUUUAUUUUUAUAAAUAAAAUACAGGUGUGUAAAAAAAUAUAACCAGAUAACCAUCUC